AUGCCACCAGACAGAGUUCUGUCUCUCUUCCCGGAGAGGCACAUCCGACCACUUCCUAAGCGAAAGCUCCGGGAGAAGCUAUCGCCCGAGGUUAUCCAAACGAUUGAAUACCCUUCUGUAACCGUCCACAGCAUCCCUCUGUUUCAUUAUCCGACAAUCGCCGCUAGAGGGCCGCCGCACGAUUUGCUGAAAGCAUUUGGGGAGCCAAAAAAGCCCCCAAGCGGAUUAGUUGAUAAUUUGGAACUCGUUGGUUCCAACGGAUGUGAACCCUUGGCUAUCAGUUCUACUUCUGAAAUACAGCUGCAACAAUCUCCGCAUGGAGCCACCAAAUUCCACGGUCCACUCGGCCAUAGAGCCUGUUCGGGCCAAGCUAUUCCCGCUGUGUCGUCUACAAAUGGCUACGAGUUGCUCGAGAAUACGAACAAUAAGAAGAAACGCAAGAUUCCAUCAGCUUCUGAUGCCUCUCUGCGAGGAUCUCUGUUUACCAGCAGCGGAUCUGUCGAGAUAUUGGGGCUAGGGGGUAGAAUAGAUGACGGCAAACAGGCGACUGCACCUACAUUUGCCGUGCCUGGAUCAUUGUCCAUGCACAGUGAUGGGAUCUCUGGCCCCGGGCGCGGCAGACUAGGCCGCACCGUACAUACGAGAAGUCCCUUAAGAACUCUCUCUGACGGGAAUACUACGUGGCCGAGCAAACCAUUGAAGACAGGGCUCCACCAUUCAGUUAAUGGUCAUAGAACAAGCGGCAUUAUUUCUACCGCUAUCGCGGAUGCAAAGCGAAUAGCCCCUUUCGGCCAGGAGAAUACGGGCAGUUUAUUACAACAUCAUUUCGAUGUAGGGAAAGCUACACCAAUGGCUUCACAGUUCACCUUCACCUGCGGAUCACAGGUGAUGGGCAAGGCGUUGUGGCCUGAUACCUCACCGACGACGAGUGGCUCUGCAGAAUGUGCACUGCCAAAGCAGUUGGAUUUAGAGAGAAAUAGGCCAGCAGAUGCGGCUUUCAGCGACAAAGCCACUGGAGAAGAACGAAAGAUCACCAAUAAUUACCGUCAGCUUGAAAAAGAUCUCAUGCUGGCCGCUCUCAAUCGCCGACAAGCCGCUGUGGAUGCUUACCAUCACAAUCCACCAAGGCUGGAAGAUGUCUGGAUUUGCGAGUUCUGCGAAUACGAACGCAUAUUUGGGAGCCCUCCGAAGGCAUUGAUACGAGAAUACGAGAUGAAAGACCGCCGAGUUCGACAAGAGGAGGUAGAUAGACGACGUCUAUUGGAAAAAGCUAAAGCAAAGAGUCGAAAAGGCAGAAAAGGCAACAAAGCAACAAAGGGGACGCAGUCGGUAACUCAGAGCCCAGACCAAGUACCAGAGGACCGCGUUGUAGCAGUGACACCUUCAAUGGGAUGUGGUCACACCCUCUCCACACAGGCAGAGACUGGCUAUGAGGAGAAGUUCGAUGAUCGUCGGUCCCGAGACCCUCCUGACAUACUAGGAUACCAUGAGAAAAGCUCGAUGUCAAAGAUUGUUCCUAUCGUCUGA